CAGUAGCAGACCAAAGCAAACAAGGGGUUUUACCUUCACAAAGUGACCAUGGUUACAUCAGUGGGACUGAGCCUUUUGCUGCUGCUUUCAGCUCAGCUUUCAGCAGAAAUGACACAGAGAGUGGAGUAUGACUACUUCAAGUACCAUCCCAUGGGGGAGAUCACCAACUGGAUGGAUCAGAUUGUGAAGGAAAACCCUGACGUCGUCACCAAAGUGGACUAUGGAAAGACCUACGAGAACAGGACCAUUAGCCUGCUCAAGAUUGGCUCUAAAUCUGCAUCAGCUAAGAAAGCUAUCUGGAUGGACUGUGGGAUACAUGCCAGGGAGUGGAUCGCCCCAGCCUUCUGUCAGUACUUUAUCAAUCAGUUGCUGCAGACAUACAAAACAGACCCCAAAAUGGAACAGAUGAUGAAGAACAUGGACUUCUACGUCACCCCUGUCCUCAACGUGGACGGCUACAUUUACUCCUGGACGGACAACUCGACCCGACUAUGGAGGAAGAACAGAACACCAGGACCUGAAGGCUGUGAAUGUUUAGGCACCGACCUUAAUCGCAAUUUCUACGCCAACUGGGGCACUGUGGGGAUAUCAUUUGACUGCUGCUCCAACAUCUACCCGGGGAAGUCUGCUGUGUCAGAGCCGGAAGCACAGGCCGUUACUAACUUUGUAGGAAAACGAGCUGAUGAGAUCCUGUGUUUCCUCACCAUCCACUCCUAUGGCCAGCUGCUCCUCAUCCCAUACGGACACCCGAAUGUCAUCGCCCCCAAUGAGAACGAGCUGAUGGAGGUGGGUUUGGCUGCUGCAGAGGCCAUUAAGAAGGUCCAUGGGAAGCAAUAUACAGUAGGAACAUCACCAGAUGUAUUAUAUGCCAACUCUGGCUCAUCCAGAGACUGGGCUCGACUACAGGGGAUCCCAUUUGCUUUCACCUUCGAGCUGAGAGACGAUGGGACAUAUGGCUUCAAACUUCCAGAGGACCAGAUCCAGCCGGCCUGCGAGGAGGCCUACAGCGGAGCCCUGCACAUCAUCACCCACGUCCACGAUAAAGAGUUUAUCAAGCCGACAGGCACAGCGGCCACUGUGGCUGCAACACUGUGGACCACCAUGAUGGCUGUGUUUGUCACCAGCACAGUGAUAGUGUAAAAAAUGUCAAAAACCUAACUAACCUAAGCAAACACAGUUCUAAUUUUGAAGGCAUGGUUGUAAAAUAUGCUUAAGCAUGCAACAUAUUUAUACUCUCAGCUAUUUCAUCUUUAUUUGUUCAUAUUUAUCUGAAUUUUCUGAUCAAGUCCAAAGUUGAUAUAUUGAAAUAUUUUAAGGUCUCAUUAUGUAACACACAUUACCUGCUACUAAACAGCAACAACAACUUAUCUAAAAGAAAUAAAAUACUUUCAGACUAUUUUUGUCAUAAUCUGUACAUCGUUUAACAUUAAUAAAGCUUAUUUAUUGAAUUUAACACACUUGGUAGAAACAUAUCACUCAUGUUUGUAGCAUUUUUUCAGGUCUGAAUACCGUAACGCAAAAUGUGACGUACAGUGUGAUGUCUGAGGGGGAAAACAUGUAAACUGACCACUGUUAAAGCAAGUGUUAUGACUGGAGGAGAGGUGUCUUCUCAAAUUCAAGGAGUCUGACUGUCAUUGUCUGUAGCCGUGUUGUUGAAAGGCUGGAAACCUUGUUGUCUCAGACCAGCCAGAGGCAGGAAGAGCUGCUCCUCAGGAGGAAACUGGUCCCAUCUUGUCCACGU